AUGCGACUGUCUUCCUCUACUUCCACAUCCACACGCAUCCUCUGUGUCCUCGCCUGUCUCCUCUCCUUUAGCAAUAACAACAACAUCCAAUUCGCGAAUGCUCAAGGGCAGCCCCAACCCUGUGGAGGAGCAGCAUACAAGGUUGUUGGCAACAAAUUCUAUAUCCACGGAGGCGCCCUCCAAGGUGACCAACUCUUGCAGUCCCUCUGGGCGCUAGAUCUAACCACCAACUGGACCACCAGCACACCCACAUGGAUUGCCCUCCCCCUCGGACCCUACAACGCUUACCAUUCGGGAGGGCGCUCAGCCGACAACAAGACAUUUAUCGUCUUUGGACGCGACACAGCCGCAGACCCCAACGUGAUCCCAACCUCGUUCGUCAACAUCUUCGACAUCUCCUCAAAGACUUGGACGGAACUCAACCCACAAGGAAUAAACGAUAACUCGCGGAGAGACUUCGACGUCGUCACCAACCCAUCUGCCAAUAAGGUUUAUAUUCUGGGUGGAGAUACUGGGCCGUCGGGGAGUACCUACUCGAAUAUGUUUUCGACGUACGAUGUAGGGACACAGACAGUGACCGAGGUUACGACACCCGCGCCGGGGCCACAGAAUAUCGCAACUUAUAAUGCGGUCUGGUCGCCCAAACUGAAUGCCAUGGUUGUCGUCGGAGGCAACUACAAGACGGAGACAGCGGCUCAAGAUGGUGAUGGGUCGUUGAUUGUAGUGUUUGGUGGAUUCAUUGGCGGGUCGGGUCAAGGCGAUCCAACCAUAUAUGUUCUCAACACUGCCACAUGGUCAUGGACGGCUACGAAAUACCCUGGCCAAGGGCGAGGAAAUGCUGCCUGCGCCAUUGUCGACGACACGUUUAUGGUCUGGGGUGGAUUCCUCGCCUCCCCCAACACUAAAAAUGGAGUCCCUACUGGCGCUGAUGCUCUGCUCUUGUACUCGCUGUCAAAGUCGCAAUGGCAGACGACUUAUACACCUUCUGCGGCCAUGACUGGGGGUGGUGACAAUAGCACUGGAUAUCCGGGGGGAACCACCCCAACCGACGGCGACAACCCGGACGGCAAUGGCGGAAACAAUAACCAGAAUGGUCUCUCCUCUGGCGCGUUGGGAGGCAUCAUUGCAGGAGGUGUUGUAGCCUUGGUAAUCGCUAUCUUUGGUAUUGUGGGUUGGCACAAGCGGAGAAAGCAUCCCCCGUCUGACAAGGAUACGUCGUACGAGACGGCCGGUAUCAACAGCAUGGAGGAACAUAAUCAUGCGUCAGGACCGUCACCCCCAAGACUACCCCCAUCAGGUCUCAACACCACUACGGGACAGUACCAGUCGCUCAAGGCUGCGGACGAGGCGAAUUUCGAUCCACGGCUGAGUACUGAUGACAGCUAUGGAAACGGCGGAGGAUACUCGAAUGCGACCACGCCAACGACACUCGAAUUUUUGCACACCAACGAGCAUAGGCCGGAACGGGGACGACAGUCUUAUCAGAGCGACGGAUCUGUCUACUACCCACCACCACCAGCACCCAUCUCGCACCAGCCAACCAUACCAGAAGACUCGCCUUACAUGUCCGAACACAGUGUCUCUGGAAGCGGUCGUCGGUUCAAUGACCCCCAGUCGCUUACCCUCGACAACUCUGGGGUUGCCAACUACCAAUACGCAGGACUGACAGGACCCGCAACUGCUGCUUCUGUUGGUCCUGGGUACGCAGCAACAGGGUGUGAUUACCACGACGGAGGGUACUAUGCUGACCGAGACCGCGAAAGGUACCUGUCCGGUAUCUCGACACAGACGGGCUACUCACGAGUAUCAUCAGCCGGGUCAGAUCCUCAGGCAAUCAUAUAUCCCAAUACUUCGCCUCCGAUGCCCAAGAGGGUUGUGAGUGGACCUCAAGGAGGGGAAGGGUACGGAUUUGUGAUCGAGCCUUCUCCACCUGGAGCACCUCAGGCGUUGCUUGAGCACCAGUGGUCGAUUCCCCGCCAGCAAGAGAAACUGCAACCACAACCGUUGGAAUAUCAGCAGCCUCUGCCGCAGAGUCCACCUCCACUGGCGCCUCGGCCAUCUAACCAGUCUCCGUACUAA